AGGCAAGUACAGGCUCUACAGUAAGGAAAUGAAAACAACGAGAAGCAACAUUUCUGUUUGAGAGAGAUGCUUUGCCCAGAAAGGAUUAAAUGCACUUUCCUCAUUACGAGAUGAGGUUACAGCAAAAAUGUUUCUUUGCCAAAAUCUGCUUAGUCCAGCAUGACAUAUCUUCCUAUGAAAUAUCAUACCAAGACGUCACUUGGGCAAGGCAGGUGCUUUUCCAGGAAGUUUAGCAGGGAACAGUGGCAAAUUUCCUAGUGCUUUGCCUUGAAUAGCAGCACCAUAUUUGGUUCCCUGAACUAAGCUAAAGGACAAAACAUGAAGUACUAGCUAAGAGGCACACGGACACUGAAUGUGUGGUUUCGAUCACUGACAUUAAGAGAUUAGCUAACUUUCAGAUGGCCCUAUUUGCUUUCCAGAUAUGUCAGAAAACCCCUAACCAAACAAAAACAGCCAAAAAACCCAAAGAACAAAACAAAACAAAAAAAACCACAAAAAACAAAAAACCCAACCCUGUCCUACACAACAACAAAACAAUAGUAUGCAGAAACUUCCACAUUUCUUUCCCCAGGGUAAGUGAUACAUUUCAAAGACAUUUUAAACUAAAAACUGCAGUUUACAGACAUCAAAACACAAAUUAUUUCAGCUUCAACAUGGUAGCACUGUAAGUAAGCUAUCAUCUAAUUGCAAGAAUUUCAGCUCUUUAGUGAUUCCAGCUUUGAUCAAAAGGUAUGAUGCCUCAUGCCUUAGCAACAGUCCUGUUUACUUAUGUAGAUUAGUUCCUCUUCUUAAAUUGCUUUAACCAGAGGUAAGGCUUUACAAAAAACAAAUGGACAUCACUUUUUCUGUGAACUUUGUUAUACUGAUUCACCAAAAAGAACUAAUCUGUUCUAAAAACAUGCAAAGAAACAAAUUAGGCAUGACAAAGAAAUGUUUUAGUUCUAAACAGGUGGGAUUAGAAGGAUUAUAGAAAAGGUCACACCUUAAUAUGAGUCAUUUUAAAAGAAUGAACUCAUCAGCCAUUGAAGUAGUUUCCAUUCAACCUGUAAAAUAUAUAAAGUGUGCCAUUCCAGAAAUGGAAAACAGUUAUUUACCACUGGAAAAGCUUUCUCAGAAUUUGAGAAGUGCUGAACCUCAAUGCAAGCAUUAAAUAACUAAAAAAAAAAAAAAAAUUAAAAAAAUAAAAAAUGUGUAUUUCAUCAUAUAUCCUAAUUCUGUCCCUUCUCUCUCUUUUUUCUCAAGGUUUUCUACUCUCCAAAUCUCUGCAAGAGGUAGAAGAUGAUGAUGUGUUGCUAACUACAUUAAAUCUAGGAAAAAAUCUACAAAAUGGAGAUAAAACUAUGAACAAGGGAGCUAUACCUUUGCUGAAGCACUACAAGACUGAAGACAGCAGUGUUUUCAAUGAUAAGAAGGCUGGAAACGUGAAUUUUUUGGACAGAGGUUCCAGACAUGAUUUCUUCAGUCAUGUUAUGCCAAUCAACUUUGGUAGAAAGCAACUACCACCUUAUCCUGCACUGAAGGGCACUAUGGCUUUUCCAGCUGACACUGAAAUUCAAAAUACUGAGUCAAUACAGGAAAGAGAGACCACAGAUGAAGAAAAUUCAGCUAAAUUCCCUAUAGGAAGAAGGGAUUUUGACAUCCUCAGGUGUAUGCUGGGAAGAGUCUAUCGACCUUGUUGGCAAGUGUGA